AUGUUUGAUAUCAUCGGGAUCUGCGCACUCGUCUUGGCGCUAUGGGGAUUGCAGAAGUUCUAUAAUCGCGCAGUGAUCAAGUCCGUUCUCAGGAACCUGCCAGGACCAUCGAAUCCAUCGUUUAUUGUUGGAAACUUGAAGCAGUUGUGGAAUGCUGAUGCAUUCCCGUUCCAUCAAGAGAUCGCCGAUAUGGGUUCGGCUGUCAAAGUGCAUGGUUUCUUCGGGGACGAACAAUUAUAUCUCACGGAUCCUCGGGCUUUGCACCACGUUCUUGUCAAGGAUCAGGAGAUCUUCGAGGUAAGUGCCAACAAUCUGGAAAUUUCGAGGCUACUGUGGGGGAAUGGUCUCGUUGCAAGCCUUGGAGAGCAGCAUAGACGGCAGCGAAAGAUGCUCAACCCUCUGUUCUCCCCGGCGCAUCUGCGCACGCUGGUCCCAGUCUUCAUCACAAUCGCAGAACAGCUGCGUGAUGCAUUGACUCGACACAUCAGUGGCUCGGAUAACGAGAUCGAUGUUUUGGAAUGGUGUUCCAAGGCAGCCCUAGAAUAUAUAGGGAUCGGCGGCCUGGGCUAUUCAUUCGAAACGCUGAAAGAAGGGGCGAACAAUGCUUACAGCAAUUCGGCAAAGAAUCUACUCCCAGCCGUUUUCCCCAUCGCUCCACUUAGCAUCCUACUUCCCUAUAUCACAGCUGUCAUCUCACCUGACUUUGGAAGGAAGCUGGUGGAUGUGCUGCCAUUUCCCACGUUACGGAACGUUAAGAAUAUUGUCGACAUGAUAGACGAGACAAGUAGAAUGAUCUACGAGCAAAGGAAGCAGACGAUACUGCGCGGGGAUGGCGAGGAGUACGACCAGGUCGCAAAUGGGAAGGACAUUAUGACCACACUUUUGCGCGCAAACUUGGCAAGCGAUGAGAAGGAUCGUUUGCCAGAUGACCAGAUGUUCGGGCAAAUGAACUUGCUCAUAUUCGCCGCAUAUGAUACCACAUCAUCUGCCCUUGCUCGAAUACUUCACUUGCUCUCGGACAACCAGAGUGUUCAAGACGAGCUUCGGCACGAGAUCAAGGAGAUGCAUAUACAACUCGGAGACGUAACGCCAAGCUACGAUCAAUUGAACUCCCUUCCCCUCCUGGACAGUGUCAUUCGCGAGACGCUUCGCUUGUACGCUCCUGUCCCUUUCGUGCUAAGAACAGCGUGCAAGGAUGUCGUUAUACCCCUUCGCACGCCUACAAUCGGUAUUGACGGCACGAUUAUCCACGAUUUACCCAUCCGCAAGAAUCAGGGUAUAUUCGUGGGCAUCACCAUGGCGAACAGGAACAGCGCCAUCUGGGGACCAGACGCCGCGGAAUGGAAGCCGCACCGCUGGCUGAAGCCGCUUCCGCAUAGCGUCACAGAUGCGCGCAUCCCCGGCGUGUAUUCCAAUCAGCUCACAUUCAUUGGCGGAAGUCGUGCGUGCAUCGGGUUCAAAUUCUCGGAAUUGGAGAUGAAGGCCGUCUUAUACAUGCUCAUGCACAACUUCAAGUUUGAGCCAUCCAAAUCGGAGAUCAUCUGGAAGUUCGGGACCGUGAUGGCCCCCUCUGUCAAAGGAUCACCGGAGGAAUCCACACCCCGCCUUCCGAUGAAGAUCACGGUCAUAUAA